AGACUUCGCUCUUUCUACCACCGUUCUUUGUUUCGCUUUUCAGAUAGCUUGCGAUCACAAUGCCCAUCCACUACGAGCUCGAGAGGCGUCAGGACAACGGCAACGGCAAUGGGGGGAACGGCGGCAACAACAACGGUAAUGGAGGCAAUGGAGGAAACAACGGCAAUGGCGGCAGCCAGUCAUCCCAAACGGGCUCACAGACAGGCUCCCAAACAGGCUCGCAGACGGGUUCGCAGACGGGCUCACAAACCGGGACCGCCUCCACCCUCUCGCACAUCUCCAUCCCCGAAACCGCCGCCGCCGGCCUGCUCACCAUCACCCAGCCCCCACAACAGUCCACGUCCUACUACAAAAUCGCGCCCUCGAACCCGAUCACCUUCGCCUGGAACUUCUCCUACAUCCUCGUCACCCCGCAGCACCUCACCGUCUCCGCCGUGUGCGAGAACGGGAACACGUACCCGGUCGGGCCCACCGACGGCAUCAUCCCGGGAACCGCGACGAGCGUCGUCUGGGACCCGUACGCGUACCAGACCGCCAACCCGAGCCUGCCGCUCGCCCAGGCCAAGUACACGCUGCACAUCUGGGGCGACCAGGGUCCGUCUGCGGCGCGCGCGGCGGGGUAUCUCUCGCCGAACAGCGCGCUGCAGUUCGCGCUGUAUACGCCCCAGGGGUACACGCCUUUGACGAGCGGCUGGUCGUGUCCGGGUUGUUCUGGCGCUAUCCCCGCCUUCGCUGCCAACCCCGCUUUCUCGGGCCUGCUCAUCACGCUGGUGGUCAUGUUCCUCUCUGGUGUGACUAUCAUGCGUCGUAUCUGAAGGGUGCAGGGAAGAAUAUGGACUUUAGCGCCGAAAGGGGGGUCGCUGUUAGGACGUUCGCUUACUUCUUUUCUCUUCGUCACUUCUUCAUGUUGGACCUUUUUUUGGUGGAAACGAUCGGCGGUUAGUCACGGCAAGUAGGCGUGCAUGCAUGUACAUAGUUACGAAUGGACUGCGAACUUUCCGAGGAUUCUUUGAUGCGUCGAUGCGUAGUAGUCUUUCUACCUCUGUCUACCUUACUCUCUGGGUGGUGGAGCUUGAGUUUACGAUUAGUUUGUCUUCGACGCAUUUAGUACGUACUGCAUACGUGCUUCGCCUUCAUCCGAACUACUUUCUCUCUAUACUUGUUGGCUCAGGGGCCUUGCCUAUGGGUCUCGAUAAUAAUCAUUACGCGCUUAUGUAGAUAGCUGGAGUACAUGUGGCAUUGCUUGACUGACGGAGUAUGGGUGGUGUGGAUAUGCAGGUAGUGCUCGGAGCUGGUCCACGGCUGUGGUUCAUAGUAAUUUCAAGGUAAUUUU